AUGUCUGCGCCCUACGACGACAAAGACGCUGGGCGUGACAAUGCCUCGUCUAAGUCAGAGCCCUCUGCCACUGUUGUCGUCAGAGGGAAUGAAUCUGACAGUGACGAUGGUCUGCCGCCCAAGACUUGGCGAUCCUACAUCUGGGAUACACUCGACAAGUCCCCUGAGGAGCGCAAGUUCUUGUUCAAGCUUGACGCUGUCAUUCUCACGUUUGCUUCCCUUGGGUACUUUAUCAAGAACUUGAACCAGAUCAACAUCAACAAUGCUUUUGUAUCUGGCAUGAAGGAGGAUCUCAACAUGAAUGGCAAUGAACUCAAUUACAUGCAGACGCUGUGGACUGUCGGCUACGUCAUUGGAGAGAUUCCCAGCAACCUGUUGCUCACAAGAGUUCGACCUUCCAUCUGGAUCCCCGCUUGCGAGGUGACCUGGUCCGUUCUGACCAUCAUCAUGGCCAAGUGCACCAACGUCCAACAGCUCUACGCACUCCGCUUCUUCAUCGGCUUGGCAGAGAGUACCUUCUACCCAGGGAUGCAAUAUAUUAUCGGAUCAUGGUACAGAAAAGAUGAGCUUGCGAAGCGUUCAUGUAUCUUCCAUGCCACCGGCAACAUCGGCAGCAUGUUCUCGGGAUACCUCAUGGCGUCUGUGUACCGCCUCGAUGGGGUUCACGGCUUUCACGGCUGGCAGUGGCUUUUCAUCAUUGACACUGUUAUCUCGCUUCCUAUCGCUGUGGCGGGCUUCUUUUUCUUUCCCGACGUGCCUGAAAUCACCAAAUCUUGGUAUUUCACCAAGGACGAUAUCGCCCUCGCGAAGCGACGCAUGGAGCUAGAAGGAAGAGCGAACCGCGCCCCUUUCACUUGGGACAAGGUCAAGAAGAUCUUUGCCAGCUGGCAUAUUUACCUUCUUACCCUCUUGUACAUUCUUUUCAACAAUGGCUGUGGUGGCAUGGCCCAGCCUGCCUUCCAGCUCUGGUUGAAGGGUGAGGGAUACAGCAUUUCUCAUGUCAACACUUACCCGACGAUUCAGUCCGCCGUGGCAGUCAUUACGACUCUGAUGUAUGCUUGGUUUUCUGAUUCCGUCUUCCGAGGCAGCAGAUGGCAGCCGAUUCUGUUCUCGGGUACAUUGCUCACAGUCUUUUACUCGAGUCUGGCGGCGUGGAAUAUCCCCGACGGAUGGAAGUGGGCUUGCUUCAUUCUCAUCGGUAUUGGUGGAGGCAUCAGUGGAUUGACCUUUGCCUGGGCCCAUGAAAUCUGCAAGGAUGAUAACGAAGAAAGGGCGUUGGUGGUUGGAAGCAUGAAUGAGAUGGCCUACGUCUUCCAGGCUUGGCUGCCUCUUCUUAUCUGGAAGACAACUGAGGCGCCGCAGUAUCCCAAGGGUUAUGCUACCAUGGUUGCUUUGGCUAUUGCGAUGGCUGCUACGGCGAUUGCUAUUCGGUACCUGCAUAGAAGGGAGUUGGUGGCGAAGAGGGUUGCGGCUGCUGUGGGUGAGAGCUGA